CAUUAAGCUGUACAUUCAGCAGAUAGAAGUGAUUUAAAGCCCAGAGGUCAGCAGGCAGGGAGGCGUUGAGAGGUGUUCAUUUGAAAUGCCACCCCGUAUCAGUCCCCUUAAGGAUGCAAUUCAGCACGUUGUUUCAAAGACAGACAAAACAUGCAGACUAGAGGUGAAAUACAUCAAUGCAGUGAAAGGACGUGGUGUAUUUGCAAAGGGUUCAAUUUGCAAAGGAGAUUUUGUUGUUGAAUAUAGAGGAGAUAUGAUAAAUGAUGCAGAAUCCCAGAGAAGAAGAAAACUUUACCACCCGUCAUGUGCUGCAUUUAUGUUUGCGUUUAAGUGGAGAGGGAAAACAUGGUGUAUUGAUGCCGCUAGAGAAGAUGGAUCAUUUGGACGGCUAGUUAAUGACGAACACCAACAUCCAAACUGUAGGAUGAAAAAAAUUGACGUGAAUGGAAAACCCCACCUUUGUUUGUUUGCCUUGAAUGACAUCAAAGAAGGAGAAGAAGUAACUUAUGACUAUGGAGGUGAAGAUUGCCCGUGGAGAACAAAGGUGGGUGAAGAAACAGCUAAUGAUGCAAAUGUAGAGAACUCCAACCAUCCCUUCCAUUUAAAGACUGGGGAUGAACAUAAUGUGAAAACUCAGCAGAUAAGCAGCAUACAAGCUGAUACUAUGGCGGCAUGCAACUUCGGACGGACCCUCCUCUCAAAGUCUCAGAUGGAUGAUGCUACUGGUCCAACCAACACUACUCAACAGAUAAGCAGCGUUACAGAUAAUGCUAUGGUAGCGCACGACUCCCGUCCUUCCCUCCUGUCAAAGACUCAAAUGGAUGAUGCUACUGGUCCAACUAACACUACUCAACAGACAAGCAGCGUUACAGAUAAUGCUAUGGUAGCGCACGACUCCCGUCCUUCCCGCCUUUCAAAGUCUCAGAUGGAUGAUGCUACUGGUCCAACCAACACUACUCAACAGACAAGCAGCGUUACAGAUAAUGCUAUGGUAGCGCACGACUCCCGUCCUUCCCGCCUUUCAAAGUCUCAGAUGGAUGAUGCUACUGGUCCAACCAACACUACUCAACAGAUAAGCAGCGUUACAGAUAAUGCUAUGGUAGCGCACGACUCCCGUCCUUCCCACCUUUCAAAGACUCAGAUGGAUGAUGCUACUGGUCCAACCAGCACUACUCAACAGAUAAGCAGCAUUACAGAUAAUGCUAUGGUAGCGCACGACUCCCGUCCUUCCCUCCUGUCAAAGACUCAAAUGGAUGAUGCUACUGGUCCAACCAACACUACUCAACAGACAAGCAGCGUUACAGAUAAUGCUAUGGUAGCGCACGACUCCCGUCCUUCCCGCCUUUCAAAGUCUCAGAUGGAUGAUGCUACUGGUCCAACCAACACUACUCAACAGAUAAGCAGCGUUACAGAUAAUGCUAUGGUAGCGCACGACUCCCGUCCUUCCCACCUUUCAAAGACUCAGAUGGAUGAUGCUACUGGUCCAACCAACACUACUCAACAGACAUGCUGCAUUAAAGUUAAUACUAUGGCGGCGUGCAACUCCCAUCCUUGUCUCCUGUCAGAGAUGGAUGAUGCUACUGGUCCAGCCAACACUCCUCAACAGAUUGUGACAUGUUUUGAAAACAAAAAUGAAGUUUUUGUACCAAGACUGAGACGGACUAAGAGUGUCAUAAUAAAAGACACAGAUCUUGAAAAUUCUGAUGAACUGUAUGAUUCUACAUCAGAGGGUGAAGAUGAUUCUACACCAGACAGUUCAGAUAAUUACAUUCCAGAUACUACUUCUGAAAGGGACAGUGAUGAUAGCCUUAAACCAAAAUAUAAGUCUCAUGAUGAUUUACUGGAUGUCUAUGGCUCAGUGAGUUCCCCUGUCUGUGACUCCACAACUUCAGACAAAAUGAUCUCUGAUAGGCACAGACUUACAUCUGAAGUGUCUGGAUCAGAUGAAGAACCAUGUUCAAGUCAGAAUGUAAAUGACAGCAUUGUUGUUGGUGCAUGCACAAAAAAAGGUGGGAAGAGAGUGUACAACAAGAGACAGUAUUGCUUGUAUUGCUGUAUCCCUUAUGCUAAGAUGGCAAGGCAUCUUGAACAUGCACACCAAGAUAAAUCUGAUGUGGCUAAAGCUUUAAGCUUUCCAAAGGGUUCCAAGGAGAGAAAAACCCAUCUAAACUACAUUCGCAACCGAGGAAACUAUGCUCACAAUGCUGCUGUCAUGGAGUCAGGAAAGGGAAAACUAGUGCCAUUUAAACGUCCACCUAAAGAAGUGCAAGGAAAUGACUUCAUGCACUGUGCAUACUGUCAAGGACUUUUUACAAGAAGGGUGCUAUGGCGACAUGUGCGCAGUUGUAGACUUCGACCUGGAUCGGUUGCCCCCAAACCAGGAAAGAACCGUGUUCAGUCCAUGUGUACAUACACAGGGCCUGUACCUUCAACUAUUAGUAAACAACUGUGGGGAGUAAUCAGUGCCAUGAAUCCUGACCCAAUUACAGAUAUAGUAAAAAAUGACCAAGUCAUUAUUGAUGUUGGGCAGCACUUGUUAAACAAAGGUGGAACAUCAGCCAAAAAUCAACAGUCUGUGCGAGAGAAGAUGCGAGAAAUGGGAAGGCUGAUUCGCAAUGCUAGAAAAGUCACCACCUUAAAAAAAAUGGAAGACCUCAUAAAUCCAAAGAAGUACAUGGAGACUGUCAAAGCUGUCAAGUUGACAUGUGGGUAUGACAGUGAAACAAAUAAGUUUUUGAUUCCAUCACUAGCAAACAAACUUGGGAAUACCCUGGUUAAAGUAAGCAAACUCUUAAAAGCUCAGGGAUUAAUCUCAAACAAUGACAAACUUGUGAAGAAUGCCAGUGAGUUUCAGGAUGUUCAUCAGGAAAAGUGGAAUGAACUGAUCUCGGCUACAGCUUUGAGGAACAUCAGGGAAGCAAAGUGGAAUGUGCCUACUGUCAUGCCCUUUACCGAAGAUGUCCAAAAAAUGCAUGCAUAUCUCACUCAAGUGCAAGAUGAGUGGUACAAUUCACUCUCUGAAAGUCCCUCUACAAAGGCCUGGAUGGAGCUGGCAAAGGUGUGUCUGGCCCAGAUCAUACUUUUUAACCGGCGCAGGGAAGGAGAGGUGGCAAGCAUGCCCUUAUCUGCAUUUUCAUCAAGAGACACUUCUGACCCACAUGUGGAUGUGGACUGGGCGCUCUCUGAAGUGGAAAAAAAACUCUGCAGACACUUCUCAAGGAUUGUUAUUAGAGGAAAACGCGGUCGCCCGGUUCCAAUUCUUCUGACUCCAAAAAUGCUGGGUGCGUUAGAACUCCUUGUUAAGCAGAGAGAGGCUUGUGGGGUUCUAAAGGACAAUGGUUAUAUGUUUGCAAGACCAGAAGCUAUGACACAUUUCCGAGGUUCAGACUGCAUUCGUGGCUUUGCAAAGGCAUGUGGUGCAAGGUGCCCCGAGUCGCUAACAUCUACCAGACUGCGAAAGCAUGCUGCAACCCUUUCAACAGUCCUGAACAUGACAGAUACAGAGAUGGAUCAGCUUGCCAAUUUUCUUGGACAUGAUAUAAGAAUCCAUCGUGAGUUCUAUCGACUACCUGAGAAGACGCUGCAGCUCGCCAAGAUCAGCAAAGUUCUAAUGGCACUGGAGCAAGGAAGAUUAGCAGAGUUUCAUGGCAAGAACUUGGAUGAAAUUGGGAUAGAUCCAGAUGAAAAAAUUCUGGACAGUGAUGAAGACACGAGUGCACAGGAGGAAAAGCGUUCAUCAUCAACAUCUACUGUUGAUGAGCCAUCAGCAGAAGAGUCACUUUCUCCCACCAAGAAGAAUGAAAUGCCGCCACCACCACCACCUAAGAAAUACAAACGACUAUCAGAUGAAGAUGAGACACCUUCAAGAUUCGGUGCUAUGAGGCAUUCUUCCAAAGGUAAAGCUACCCAGAAGAAGAAAAGACCCUGGAAGCAGACAGAGGUGCAGGCGGUGGAAAGGCACAUGAAUCGAUUCAUAACAGCUUGCACUGUACCAGCAAAGAGUGACUGUGAGAGGUGCUUAAGGGCUGAACCAGAAGCUCUUAAAAACCGGGACUGGCAGAACCUGAAGUUCUAUGUUUACAAUCGCAUUACGGCCUACAAAAAGAAACUGUAGCAUACAUAAUGUGAAGAUUACCAACUCUACGGUAUGGUCAUUUUUGUUUCUCAUAUUUCAGCAAAAAGGUGGAGCUUAUUUCCUGUUGUUUUAAAAGCAUUUCCACAUUUUGUUAUUUUGUUCUGAAGU